GCCGUCGCCCAAGUUGCAGGAAAACGCCAUGGCUGCACUUCUCCACCUCACUCAUCGCCACGGCGUCAAGGAGUUCGUCUUCUCCGGGGAAGAGGGCAAAGCCCGCGUAGAGCAACUGGUAGACACGGCCGCCAAAGCAUCGACCAACACCAUCUGCUUGUACGCGCUUUACCUCCUGGGCGUCAUCGUCUACCCGCCCGAAGAAUACGCCAACUAUACGGCUCUUGAAUCGCUGACGAGCUUCGACGAUCUAGAUAAAUGGAGCAAGAGCCCGAGCUCCCGGCUCGCACCUCGGUGGUACCCGCCGCCGCCACCGCCGCCGCCGCCGCCGCCGGUGAUGGUUGACGAGGGCGGCCGCCCACCCGCAAAGAGGGAAAAAACGGGCAGUGUCGAGCGCUUAUGGAUUGCGCCGGCGCGCGCCUGCUUUCGGGAAUCGAAAGCGCUUCCGUGCUUGAUUUCCCUUGCUCUCUCUCACGGCAGCUCUCGCGGUUCCAAGGAGUUGAUCGCCUUCGUCCUCGAAUCCUAUCACGUGCUGGGAGCUGGCAAUCUCUUUCCCUUCGAAAUCACGGAGCUCACCCGCCUCCUGCAAGUACGCUACUUCACGUCACCUCCGGAGCUCGUUUUCACGGCCAUGUUGACGUGCGAUCUGCUCUUAUCCUACUUGUAUCAAGCAAACGACGAAAGGCAAGGAGCGUGCGCUGGGCAAUUGAUCAAUUAUCUUGUGAGGACGUGCGGCAGGACGUUCUACAAAGAUAUUGUCCGUCUUCAGCUCGACUCCUGGGGUUCACCUGAGUUCGAGUUGGCUUGGAAAGGGCAAAACACCAGGUGGAAGCAGUUCAUGCUUCCUUUUUUGAAUGGUAAUAGCCCUUCGCCCAGUAAGGAGCUGCUGGAGCAGUUCAGAAAGGAGCUGCUGGAGAAGGUGUUCAGCGCUCCGGCGAGGUUGAUGGCUUACCUCCUUGCUCAUCACUACAACCUUCUCAAAACGGAGGUUCGAGACGUGUACGAAGACGACCGGCGAACCGGGAGAUCCAAAAACGUUAUAGAAAACAGCGAAGAAAAGCUGUUGGUGGCAGGGACCACUGUCGCCGCGUUUAGAUUGGCGUAUCUUCUAGACGGCGAGAAGGAUGUGCGGACCAAACGCCACGCCUGUACUGCGCUGAAUCGCCUGGCAAGAGACGAGGAGGGGGAUCGGUCUCACUUCGUCCGCCCCGCAUACUGGUGGCAUGUACUAAUAAAUCGUGUGGACAAAGCCGGCCUCGCAACGUGGCAGCCGUUCCAAGAACUCGUAGAGUUGAUGGGGGAUAACCUCGAUUAACCGGCUUAGCUCAGUUGGUAAGGCUGGGAAGUGGCGUUCAGGAGGUCUCGGGUUUAAUCCCCAU